AUGGCAACGCGCACAAGGGGGCGGAGACGAAACAAUCCUGCUUCUGAGACUGUGGCGUCUCCUGAACAGCAGACGAGCCCGCGAACCACGCGACAAUCUGCCACUACUGACAAGGACAUCGUCGCAUUGCAAGGAUAUGGUUCUCUCUCCAGGGAUCCUAUUCCUCGCCGCGGCGCCCAUCAACGAAACGAUGCAGCCAGCAUUGCCAGCCUAAGUUCGAGGGUCAAGUCGCGCAGCGAGAUGGCCGAGGAUGAGGAUGAGGAGGAAGAAGAAGAAGAAGAAGAAGAAGAAGAAGAAGAAGAAGAAGCGCGAGAUUUCCAGACUCGACAGAAAGAGACGCCGUCUCAGGACGAUUCGCCCAACGCAGACGAUGAGGAGCGGUAUCAAAUCAUGGUAUCUCUCCUACCAGACCUCUCAAGAGCCACGGAUGACCUUCAUCGUCGUCUUGUCAACGGCGACUAUGAGGACAGGGUGUUUGCCGCGCUUCUUGAGUCGAAGCGCAUUACAUUUCACGCUCUCCUGAAAAAUCUGAAAAAUUACCUGGAAUCCGGCGACCACUCUCCCUUCAUCGACAUUGGCCGGGCAGGAGAAGUCAGCCAACGUACGGGGAGCGAUGCUGGAGUUCUCAACGCCCUCUUACGCGCCAACAUUGUCACUGCCCUCGAUGGCAUCCGGCAAAUCGAGGACGGCACCAUCGAGGACGCUUCACACGCUCUGGCGGUCCUUGACUCUGCGUUUAUUCAUCUCUUCACCUCCCAAGAUGGUACUGAAGAUGACUGGAGGACAGCGUUGGACCUCCGUACGUGCCAUCUGAUUGAGGCGUUGGCAGCUCAGGGGGCGCAUCCUGAUGUGGAGCAGACAGUUGCGUCUGUGUUUUGCAAAGACACGGACAGCAAGGAUUUUGCUCUUCUCUUUGAACAUGGACCUUUCAAGAGCUUGACGAGAAGAUAUGAACAGAUUAGCGAUGACGAGGACGAGCUGAUCUCAAAGCGAGCAAGGUAUCUAUUGAAACUCGCUCACCAGAAUAGGAAAGACCACGGUCUGGGACGGAUGCGCGCAGAGUUCCCCCUGGGUCAGACACUGAACAAGCUGUCACAGUGUCUCGUCCGAUGGUAUAUCGACUUGAAGGAUGCCGAACUGAGUGAAGGAGCAAAGCUCAACGGGCAACCCGACACGGGCAGGGAAUCUUGGCACGAUGCCGAAGAGACUAUUCCUGACUCUAUUACAGAAUCGCAGCCAAUUAUGCGCCCUACAGAAGAGGAACGAGGAGCGUCUUUAUUCCAGGGAGCAAGGUCUCUCCGAGACCUCCAAUCCCGACCAGAUCGCAUCCAGGGGAUUCCUCCCUCCCAUCACCGGCGACGCAGCAAGGAAGCGUCGUCCACGCCGGACGACUAUCCACAGGAUGCCACGAGGGACCUGCUACGCAACGACGAGAUCCGCGGCCCAGAUGCGGCGCACAAGCGAGACCGCAGCGAUGACGAAGACGACGAGGACGACUUCGAAGAGGACACGCGCCAAGUCCCCGAAUCUCGCAUCUCCCGCAUCAAAACCCGGUCCUCCGCCGCCGCCGCCGCCCACGCCGCCAAACGCCAACGUCUUCCCGCCGACCCGCCCUCGCGGUCCAUGCCGCCGCCCCCCCGGCCAACCUCGCCCUCGCCGCUGCCACCCUCCUCCGAACAGCCAGACUACGAGACCAUCAAGCAGCUCAAGACCGAGGCCAUUGCCCGCGCCCGCGCCCGCGCCCUCAACUCGUCGCAGCACCUGUCCUCCUCGGCCCCGUCGUCGUCAUCCACCACCACCGGCGCCGCCGCAACGCCGGGAACGACGACGCACACCAUCGCGUCGCCCCCCAAGCAGCGCUACGUAUGGAGCGACAGGGACUGCAACGUGCUCCUCAGGCUCGUCCAGGAGAGGCACGCCGCCUGGGCCGCCAUCGAGAGAGAGCACAACCACGAAUUCGAGCACCCCCGCAACCAGCAGGCCUACCGCGACAAGGCGCGCAACAUGAAGGUCGACUUCUUGAUCAUGGACGCCGUCCUGCCCUCCGGCUUCGACCUCGUCACCCUCAGCAGGAAAGAGAUAGCCAGGCUGCUGAGUCUGGGCAAGAACCCCUACAGGAGGGAAAGCGACAAGCAAGACGGCAAGGCUAUCAACACGGAUAUCUAA